AUGUUAGCCCUUCAGACAAGGACUCUAUUCAACUUUUUAUUCCGAAGACAGUAUGCCGGCAUACCACGAGAUACCGAUACCAAGAACUUAAACUCGCUCAACGAAAGAGCUCCGGUAGUGAUCACGCAGACCAAGAUGGACACUCAUUACGUUGUCAUCCCCGACCCAACCACUGUCGUGGUCACUUACCAUGUCCCGGCCGUCGCCACACAAGGCACUGAUCCUGCUAAUUUACCGCCUGCUUCGAAAGCGCCCGAUGCAGACACAACGCCAGUUCCCGGUCCGGAUCCUGUAGCAGAUGAUAGUCCAGCUUUUGCAUCUCUGAUUGUUCCUACUAGCCAAGAGGUCAAUCCUGUUCCCACGGCUGUACCUGCAGGAGAGGCUGCACCUGGCGGAGAAGUUGUACCCGGAGGAGCUGCUACACCUGGAGGGGAGGUUGUCCCUGGAAAAGAGGUUAUGCCUGGAGGAGAGGCUACACCUUUGCCAGGCGGUGGAAACCUAAAUGAGACCGCAGCACCUGUCGAACCGAUUGCUCAACCUACUUCUCAGGAGCCGCCACAAGAGAUUGUUCCACCUGUCGUGCCAACUGCUCAACCAGCUGAUCAGCAACCACCCCGGGAGACGCCAGAGAAUGCUCGUUUGAUAGAUGGACCGGGACUAUUGACACCAACUGCUCAGCCGGCGGUCCUUCUACCGACUACCAAGCCAGUGAUCGCCCAGCCAACUUCUCAAGAGGCACCUAAAGAAACUCCAGAGAACGCUCGGUUGAUUGGUGUACCUGACGACGUGGCAACAAGUGCCAAGCCAACUACCCAACAAGCGCCUGAGGAAACCCUAGACAAUGCGACGACUAGUGCUCAGCAGACUACUCAGCAACCACCCAAGGAAACGCCAGAGAACGCUCGGUUGAUAGAUAUACCUGACAGUGUGACGACAAAUGCUCAGCCAACGUCGCAGGACGUGCCUAAGGAGACGCCCGAAAACGCUCGACUCAUUGAGACAGAGUCUGAGUCCCCUUCAUCCACUUCGUUCUCCUCAUCCACCUCUGAGAUGCUUGUCUUUGAUACUGCAUCCUUCACUUAUACAGGUCCGCCAUCUCGGUCGACAACUUUACAAACCCGACCCGGGACUAAGACUUUCACGUCUGCCAUCGAGACGACCGAAGUUUCUGACAGUUUCGUUUUCGAUGAUGGCGAGACCGGUAGCGAUGGUUCGGGACCAUCGCUCACCACGGCAACACUACCUGACGGUGCCCUGACGACUAUCGACCUUGAUGCAACUGCUGCAAGCGACCGAUCAUCCGAGACUGAAAGUCCCGAGGCUAUUGCCAAGCAAGAGUCUGAUAAUGCACCUUCGACUCCCGUUGUUGUAGGAAGCGUUGUUGGCUCAAUCUUGGGGCUGUCUUUUCUGGCACUGGUCAUCUUCUGGCUCAUCAAAAGACGCGCCAUGCAGCGCCGCAGAAGUACACUCCUUACCCCCCUUGAUUUCCCCCCGAGUGCCCCUGGGAGCGCGCGUGGAAGCGCCCCCGCCGGUGCUCUUGGUGGCCAAGAGAAGUACGAGAUAGACAAUAAUUCCCUGGGCCCGACGCCUCGGUCUACCAAGGUUGCGGCCGCCAUGAGCGCCAAUGCCAAAAAGAUUAGUCGACGGUUCCGACAGUCUAUGACUGAAUCCUCUUAUACGGACGCAAGCCGAGCCAAUUCUCACUUCGGUGCUGAAAGCCAAAACAUACCCUCGACACGUGCUCCCGGUAGAGCGAACUCGGGUCAUGGACAACAACAAGGAUGGUGGUCGCGACUCAUUGAGGAAUCAAGCGUCGUAGAUGUCACAGAAGCUCCUCCAAUGCCGGCGAGUGGUAACGAUGGAAGACAAACUCCCCCAAGCCCCAACCCCUUCUCAGAUUUCCACUCUACAGCCUCGCCGGCUCGUAACAUUUCCUAUGGUUACAACAACCACAUGUCACUACACGGCUCCCUUGUUCCGCAACCUCUUGACCCUGUCCGGUCUCCCCCAACGGACAACCCGUUUGCUGAUGGGAACUCGGCCUUGUACCCGGGGCCUACGCAAUCGACGCCAAUGGCCUACAGGGAGUCAGUCCAACAUCGACGAAGCCCCUCUGUAGCGCGCAACCUUACUCCCCAGUCAACAGGCGACAAUCCGAACCUUGCACCGCAAGACCACUGGCGCGGGAAUGUUCACUCCAACCCCUUUGACCUGGAACUUCACGGUCCACACCUCCCCGGCGCUGGCAACGUUCAACAAAAGCCACGCUACACUGCUGUCAGCUCCUUCUACAGCACUAACAGGCAAACGGUGAGGCACUCACGUGCUGAAAGCUACACGUCCAAAUACACUAGCGGAGUGAGUUCGGUCAGCGAGUGGCCUCCCGUGCCGGCCCAUCCUCCUGUGCCUAGCAUCUAUGGUCGUUAUGAUGACAACGACUUCCUCGGCCAACAGCGACACUCUCGUAGCGAGAGCGACAGUGGUCUGAGACGCCAGGGCGGUCACGCGAUGUGA